AUGGGAUUAGGUCUCGAUUUUGUCACCAAAGAAAUCAAACUAGUGCAACUCUUGUCUCUUAAUUUUCUUGACGACAAAGAACUCGUAAAAGGAAUCCGCGUCGACAUAUACUCCCCGAGCACGAAAACAUGGAGACCCGCCCCCUCCGCCACGUCGGCAACUAUAACUGUAUCGAAGGCAAUUGGUUCUUACAAGGAUGAGGUCUUUGUGAGAACGCCGCUUUCGAUACGGUACACAAAGGAAAAUAAGAUUAACAUUCUUGUCAAGGAUAGUAGGUCACUUGUCCUAUACGUAUACCCUCGAGAGCCGGUUGAUGAAGAAAACUACUUGUUCGAUAGAUGGGAGUUGACCGGUUUGGGGGAGCAAUGGUACGGUCUAGGCAAACAAUUGGGUCGUGACACGUGGUACAACGAUGGUUCCUCUACUCAUUGGCUAGAUAGGACGCGAAGUGUCGUACCCCACUUCCGAGAAAACACGACAUCGAUAACAAGAAAUGUGAAGAUUUUUGUCGAUGAUAGUUGCACACUUGUCCUAUUCUCUGUCAGACAGCUGCUCGACCACCCUAGCCAGCCAAAGCUAACCAAGAACGAUCCUCUACUGAGUCAACUGGCCCGAGCCAAUGAGUCUAUUAAUCACGCUCUCGUCGAGCAGCCAUGGCUCAUCCACCAGAGUUGGUUUCUUGUCUCCUUAGAAGUCAAGGAUACAGAGGUACGAGCCUAUAGAACAGAUCCUGUUCAAGUAAGGUCGUGCCUUAUAAUGCUGAGUCAGCUAUUUUAUGACCCUACUCUGAGAACACCUCCACUGUCAAAGUUUCAGCCUCACCACCACACAUUAUCACUGUUUGCCGCCGCCGAGCAACCCCGUCGAGCCGCCGUCAAUUUCAAUCGAGCCGCCGUCCACUCUCCGCCACCCCUCCGCCGCUCCCAACAGAGAGAACCGAUGGCGUGUAGAGUCCAAUACUCCAUACAGAACAGCCUCCGGUUGUUUUCGUCACCGUAUCCCAAUUUCCCCACUUUUCUCAAAUUAUCACAAACAACACGUUUCAGAGAUUCCAAAAAUUAUUUGCUUUCCAAAGCAGCCUUCUAUUGCUCUUGCAGAACAACUGAAAAUACUUCUGACCCUUUUGUCCUCACCACUCCCCUUUAUUACGUAAAUGCCCCCCCUCACAUGGGCAGCGCCUACACCACCAUCGCCGCUGAUGCCAUUGCCCGUUUUCAGAGACUUCUUGGGAAGAAGGUUAUAUUCAUAACGGGCACAGACGAGCACGGCGAGAAGAUUUCUACCGCCGCAAUCGGAAACGGGUCCAGCCCUAAGGAGCACUGCGAUUCCGUUUCGCAAGCUUAUAAGUCACUCUGGACAGAGUUGAACAUAUCGUACGACAAGUUCAUUCGCACAACCGAUCCUAAUCAUGAAGCCAUCGUCAAGGAGUUCUACGCCAAGGUUCUUGCUAACGGUGAUAUCUACCGUGCUGACUACGAGGGGCUGUACUGCGUCAACUGCGAGGAAUAUAAGGACCAGAAGGAAUUAUUGGAGAAUAAUUGCUGCCCCAUGCACUUGAAGCCGUGUCUCCACCGGAAGGAAGACAAUUACUUCUUUGCACUAUCGAAAUAUCAAAAAAGAUUAGAAGAUAUUUUAACGGAAAACCCGGAUUUCGUGCAGCCUUCUUUUCGUCUGAACGAGGUGCAAGGCUGGGUAAAAAAUGGGCUGAGAGAUUUCUCGAUUUCUCGAGCAUCGGUCGAAUGGGGUAUUCCGGUUCCCAAUGAUCCGAAGCAGACUAUUUAUGUAUGGUUUGAUGCUUUAUUGGGUUACGUAUCUGCUCUCUCAGAAGACGAGAAGCAACCUAACUUAGAAACCGCAAUUUCGUCUGGUUGGCCUGCGACACUACACUUGAUUGGGAAGGACAUAUUACGGUUUCAUGCUGUUUAUUGGCCAGCGAUGCUGAUGUCUGCUGGAGUUAGCCUCCCGAAGAAGGUGUUUGGUCAUGGAUUCUUGACUAAGGAUGGCUUGAAAAUGGGAAAAUCACUCGGAAAUACACUCGAACCCACCGACUUGGUGCGGAGAUUCGGACCUGAUGCAGUGAGGUAUUUCUUCCUUAGGGAGGUGGAAUUCGGCAACGAUGGGGACUACUCAGAGGAACGUUUCGUCAAUAUUAUCAAUGCAAAUCUUGCAAAUACUAUUGGUAAUCUUCUUAAUCGUACACUUGGAUUAUUGAGAAAGAAUUGCCAAUCCGCUAUUUCCGUCAAUUCAGCUAUUGCAGCAGAAGGCAUUGCGUUCAAGGAUACUGUGGAGAAACAGGUUGAAAAAGCCAGACAGCACUACGAGAAUCUUGAACUGUCGUCGGCUUGCGAGGCGGUGCUACAGAUUGGUAAUGCUGGGAAUGUAUACAUUAACGAAAAAGCGCCGUGGUCUCUUUUUAAGCAAGGCGACUCCGGUUUCGAAGCUGCAUCCAAG